AUGGGUUUAACGGCUUUCAGGAGUUUUGGAGCACAACUUCUGGCCAAUGCACAGGCUGCUGCAGUCAAUAAGGUGGUACAGAAACCAGUUGUGCCACCUCCGGCUAAACCCAAAGUCACUGUUAAGCCAAAGCCCGAAAACAUAAUUGAGGUUAGCUCCGACACAGAGCAGAAAAAAACACAAGAGAAGACUGCCAACAGAAGGGCAUCAAGGAAGAAAGUUCACACUCUCACUCAAGUCCUCACUGCUCGAAGCAAGGUUGAUCUUGUUCUUCUAUUUCAUUAUGUGCAUGGCGAUUGUCAGGCUGCUUGUGGCUUGAAGGACGAGCUGGAGGAAAAGGUCGAUGACAUUGAUGCUGCCGAUGUCCAUGAUCAAUUAGCGGUGGUUGAUUACAUUGAAGAUAUCUAUGCAUUUUACAAGAAAGCAGAGGUAUAA